AUGACCUCCGAAGCACAAACUCGUAUUGAAGCUCUUCAGCAGGAACUAGAUAGUACUAGAGACACAUUUAUAACAGUCCAAGAAUUGCUUGAUGCAGAUGACCAAAUCAUUCAAGCUUGUAUUAAUGGAGACAAACCUACUUUGGAAUCAACACCAGAAUUCCAAUUAUUACAAAAGAGAUUUAUAUUGGAUUCCUUCAAAAUUAAUAAAGCUCAUAGAAAUUAUAAGGAUUGGGAACGUGAUUGUAAAACACGUCUCAUUGAAAAUGAUGUUGUUCAAUAUAAUGAAAUAUUAGGCAAAAUGUCCAGGGUCAAUCUUGCAAUAAAUAAGGCUGCUGCCAUUUAUGAAAAGUUGUCAACUUCGGUUAUAUUGCCAAAUUUUCUCAUAUCACGGAAAACUCUAGAAAAGUUCAAUGACGAGUCAUUAAUUGAAGUUGCUAGAAAAUCAAACAAAGAUGGCAAUGAUCAGUUACCCAGAAACGUGCAAUUGAAACAGCUCUUUUCUUUAGAGGCAUCAUCAACUUUACCGUUACCGGAAUUCAAGGUGAUCAAUCAGUUAAUCAAUAUUGAGUACCGUUUGAGAUUGGAAAAACGAUUGCAAUUGGAGUUGUUGACUUUGAUCAAGCAGAAACUCAACUCUGAGAAUAGAGAAUGGGCAAGAAAUCUUGAUUCUAUGAAUAAGUUCAUUACCCAGAGCAUUCCAGAAGCAGUUUCUCAAGUAGAAAGAAUCAAAGCACAGGAGCUCGAUGCCAAAUCUAAAAAGCUUGAACAAGAGAGUGACUCGCUGGAUGAUGAAGAAAGUGAGAUCCAAGAUGUGGAAAGAGAUUACGAUGAUAUGGAGAAUAGAAGAGGAGAAGUAGAAGAGGAGGAGGAGGAAAAUGAAACAGGCAAAGAAUCAGAUGUUGAGAGUGGUCUACAUGAGUCACCGAUGGAUACCACCAGUCUGCCACACCUGCCUGAUCAUCACGAAAAUAGGGAAGACCCUGAACUGUAUAUUCAUCAAGAAAUAACAGCAUCAGAUGACGCCGACACUGGUGAUGAGAAUGACGAUAUGUUACUUGAUCAUUGA